AUGUCGACCGCGUCACCAAGCAAAGAAAUCACCCCCUCCGACGCCGCAUAUCUAGUCCAGUAUCUGCAACACGGCAGUUCGUCCGUCGUGCUCAACGUCCCCGCCAUAGCCGCCGCGAUGAACAUAAAACCACACAACGUGACGUGCCGGAUCAGCAAUUUCCGCAAGAAGUACGGCUUGAAUAUCGCUUGUACCAGUGCUGGCUCCGCUGCUGCUGCUGCCGCCGGUCCGACUGGUAAACCCGGAAAACCCGACAAGCGGGGCACGGGUGGAGGUGGAGUGUUGACGGGGAGGGUGGCAAAGGCCAAAACUGGAACUGGCGCUGGUGCUGGUGCUAGUAGAGCAGGGAAGGGGAAGGCGAGCAAGGGGAAGAAGAAGGCGGUUCGAGAGAAAGAGAUUUUGGAGCACCUGAUGCACGGUGAUGAUGGGGAUGGGGAUGGAGAGGAGAACGGAGCUGAAAGCGAGGCCGACACCGAUGAAGAGGCUGGAAACGUUGAGGUGGACUUGGGGAAGAAGACCAAGGCCAAGGCCAAGGAUGUGCAUGUUGAGAUGGAUUCUGACGGAACCGGAGAUGGAGCGGAAGAGAGGAUCGUCAAAGAGGAGCAAUAUUGA